AUGCCGGGGAGAAGGAGCUCCCCUCCCCACCGGGGACACCAUCUGGGGUGCCUCCGCUCGGCCCCCACCUGCCGGGUCCAGGAGCGCCCUCAGCCCUCCCCGCUGCUCUGCCGGGACAUGGCUCUGCAGAACGCCCUGUACACGGGAGACCUGGCGCGGCUGCGGGAGCUCUUCCCCCCGCACAGCACGGCCGACCUGCUGCUGGAGAGCCGGGCCGCUGAGCCUCGCUGGAGCAGCCACCAGAGGGGACUCUGGUCGCUGACGUACGAAGAGGAGCUGACCACCCCACUGCACGUGGCGGCCAGCCGGGGUCACACGGAGAUUCUGCGGCUGCUGCUGAGGCGACGGGCGAGGCCCGACGGUGCCCCUGGGGGCCGCACCGCCCUGCACGAGGCCUGUGCUGGAGGCCACGCUGCCUGUGUGCAUGUGCUGCUGGUGGCAGGAGCCGACCCCAACAUCCCUGACCAGGAUGGGAAGCGCCCUUUGCACCUCUGCGGGGCGGCGGGCAGCCUCGAGUGUGCAGAGCUGCUCCUGAGGUUUGGAGCGAAAGUGGAUGGUCGGUCCGAGGAGGAGGAGGAGACCCCUUUGCACGUGGCCGCCCGGCUGGGCCACGUGGAGCUGGCAGCCCUCCUUCUAAGACGGGGGGCAUGCCCCGACGCCCGUGAUACCGAAGGCUGGACCCCGCUGCUGGCCGCCUGUGACGCCCGCUGCACGUCCCCCGCCGACGGCGAGGCCACCACCGCCCGCUGCCUCCAGCUGUGCCGCUUGCUGCUCUCGGCCGGGGCUGACGCCGAUGCUGCUGACCAGGACCGGCGGCGGCCCCUGCACCUGGCCUGUUGCCGAGGCCACGCGGACGUCGUGGAGCUGCUCCUGGCCUGCGGCGUGAGCGCCAACGCCAUGGACUAUGGAGGACACACGGCCCUGCACUGCGCGCUGCAGGGCCCAGCCGCAGCCCUGGCCCAGAGCCCGGAGCGCACGGUGCGCGCGCUGCUCAACCACGGUGCCGUCCGCGUGUGGCCCGGGGCUCUCCCCAAGGUGCUGGAGCGCUGGUGCAUGUCCCCGCGGACCAUCGAGGUCUUGAUGAACACCUACAGUGUCAUGCAGCUUCCCGAGGAGGCCAUGGGCCUGGUGCCUCCUGAGACUCUGCAGAAGCACCACCAUUUCUACUCCUCCCUCUUCGCCUUGGUGAGGCAGCCCAGAUCGCUGCAGCAUCUGAGCCGCUGUGCCCUCCGUGCCUACCUGGCGGCCCGCCUGCCCCACGCCCUGCCCCGCCUGCCCCUGCCACCCCGCCUGCUCCGCUACCUGCAGCUGGAUUUCGAGGAUGUGCUCUACUAGAUGUCAACUGCCUUUUGAGAGAGCCUGAAAGCAGAUGCCCCAGGCUCUUGGGGAUGCCAGCCCACUGCUCAGAGCACCUGGAACUAAGGACUGAG